UCUGAGCCUGGUAACUCCUAUUUCCUUCACCCGUUCUCGAACAAUAAAUUAUAAGUUAUGUUCCUCUCGCAUGUUUUACAGUUGGACAUAAUGGAGAAGGUGGCGAACAGGAGGCGGCUUGUUGUAUGGGUGAUAAUGAUGAUCAACUUAUCUCUUUUCCUUUCUGCCUGCUCUGAUGGAACUCCGGCCAGAAAACUCCUAAAGCAUACCGACAGCAGUAACACUCAUGUCCGGUUACAAUUAAGUGAUAGCCUAGUGGUUAUUGACAAUGAGCUUGUUGAAGUCACUAUCCAAAAUCCAACUGGUCAUCUGAUAGGACUUAAAUAUAAAGAGAUGCAAAAUGUGCUCGAAAGUAGAAACCACAACCACAAUAAAGGGUACUGGGACAUUGUGUGGGAUGAAGAUGCCUAUGACAAACUGGAAACCGAACAUGUUGAUGUCAUAACACAAACUGAUGAUUUAGUAGAGCUUUCCUUCACCAAAAAAUGGAACCAUGGCAAGACACUUCCUUUAAACAUACAAAAAAGGUUCAUAGUCCGACGCGGCAUUCCGGGGGUCUACAUGUAUGGCGUUUUCGACCGCGAGGAAGAUUUUCCGGGUGCUCAAAUGUACCAAAUAAGGAUUGCUUUCAAGCUCAAGGAAGACAAGUUUCGGUUUGUGGCCGUAUCGGAUAUGAUACAGAGGAUCAUGCCUCGGAGUGAGGAUCGGGACGAACAUCGCAGUAAGACUCUUGACUUCAAAGAAGCUGUUGUAUUGACCAAUCCAUCCAAUCCAAGCCUUAAAGGAGAGGUUGAUGACAAGUACCAAUACUCUACUGAGAACAAAGAUAACAAGCUUCACGGUUGGAUAUCUGAUGACGAUGGUGUCGGUUUUUGGAUAAUCACCCCGAGCAACGAGUUCCGAACUGGUGGCCCGCACAAACAGGACCUCACUUCUCAUGUUGGUCCGACUGCACUUUCGAUGUUUGUCAGUACACAUUAUACCGGGACCGAAAUAGACACAUUCUAUAAGCAAGGAGAGGCCUGGAAAAAGGUUUUUGGUCCGGUUUUAAUCUACCUUAAUUCCGCUCCUUCAAACGAUGACCACCGCAACAUCCUCUGGAAUGACGCUAAAAGACAGUUGAGUGAUGAAAUCGAAAGUUGGCCUUACAAUUUCACUGGAUCAGAAGAUUUUCCUCACUCUGAACAACGAGGACAAGUUAAUGGGCAAUUGUUGGUGCAAGAUCGGUAUAUGGUUAGGCCAUUAAUGCAGGCGAAAUCUGCCUUUGUGGGGUUGGCUGCCCAUGGAGACGCAGGUUCAUGGCAAACAGAAGGAAAGGGCUACCAAUUCUGGACUCAAACUGACAAUAUUGGUCAUUUCAGUAUAAAAAAUGUCCGACCAGGGAAUUACAGUUUCUACGCCUGGGUCCCUGGUUUCAUUGGAGACUACAAAUUAGACCUCAACAUCAUCAUCCAUCCUGGAAAUAAGAUCGAGUUGGGUACACUUAUAUAUGAUCCUCCAAGAAAUGGCCCUACAUUGUGGGAAAUCGGAGUUCCGGACAGGUCGGCCGCCGAGUUCUUCAUACCGGAACCGUACCCACAGUUUAUGAACUCAAUUACGAAAGAUGACACUGACAAAUUCAGACAAUACGGAUUGUGGGACCGGUACUCGGAUAUUUAUCGUGAAGGUGAUCUCGUCUACACUGUGGGCACUAGCAAUUAUUCGAGGGAUUGGUUCUUUGCUCAUGUUCCUAGGAAAACAGGGAACAAUACGAACCGGCCUACGACAUGGCAAAUCAAGUACAAUCUCCAAGAUGUAAACGAGAAUGGAACUUACACUCUCCAAUUGGCAUUAGCAGCAGCUUCUUUUGCUGAAGUACAGGUUAGAUUCAACGAUCCGAAUGCCGUUCGACCUUAUUUCACUACGAAAAGAAUCGGUAACGAUAACGCUGUAGCAAGGCAUGGAAUUCAUGGACUGUACAGAUUGUAUAAUAUUAACGUACCAGGAUAUAUAUUUCAUAAAGGGGACAACACCAUAUAUCUGACUCAGACAAGAAGCCUCAACUCUUUCGUAGCUGUUAUGUACGACUACAUUCGAUUAGAAGGGCCAAACAGUUUAGUCAAAUAGCUAUAAUAUUCAACUAGAAUUCGGAA